AUGGAUAUGGCAAUUUUAAAUCAAAAAUCUUCGGAAACAAAGUCCUCAGGCAAAAGAAAUCCAUCAACAGAUGAUUGUCGAAUUUGUUGGAACCGAAUAAUUGGUCAGGGAUUUCUCUUAGAUUCAAAGAGUUCGUCACACUCCUCGGAAACCUUUUCGGAAAUGUACUACUAUGUAUCUGGCAUUGUUCCUAAAGCUGAGCCCAAAUCACUGUGCUGGGGAUGUGCAAAAGAGUUGACAUUUGCCCACAAAAUAAUGAAGAAAGUAACAGAAAAAGAAAAUUUACAGGAGGACCACACCGAAAUUUUGGAAGAAAAGACCGAUAAAAUUAUAGUGGAGCGAGAAGAUGUAAAACCAACAUCGAUGGAAAUGGUCGUAAUAAAAAUAGAGCCUGAUGACUUUUAUGAAAUGGACACAGAAAAUGUUGAUUCUGUGGAAGAUGAGGAGCGUUCGUCAUCUAGUGAUGCCGAAUCGUCAAGUAGUACCGAAGUAAGUAGCGAUGAAGAAGACCCAAAGCCUCGCAAAUCGACUGUUAAAAGAACGCCUAACAAAAAAACAAGUCAAAGUAACAAACCGAAUCUCAUUCAAUGCGCCCUUUGUAUUUACAACACUCGAAACAAAGAAAAUUACAAGAAACAUGUUUUUGGUCACCAUCCUGAGCAAAAGUUAAAAUGUGAUGGAUGUGAAAAGGAAUUUUUAUUUAUUUAUGAAUUGGAAGCACAUCGGAAGGAAAUACACGGUUUCGUGGAAAAAUAUGUGGCUCAACUUAAACCAGACUGGGUUUUGCCUCCCGUAUCGAAGUAUGAAGGCGAGAAGAUUGCUGUUAAACAAGAAAGUACGGUGGAAAGCAACGCAGAAGAAAAACAGUAUAAAUUAGAUAUCUUGGGUAGGCGAAUACCAAUUAACAGAGUUUACAAAAAAAGAGAAGUCAAAUACCCAAAAAAGGAGAGAAAACUUCCAAUUCAAUGUCCACUUUGUCCGUACACUGGCAUUGGUAAAGCGAAUUUUCGCAACCACUAUCGAGUCAAACACAAUAAGCAGGAGUUGCAAUGCGACGGAUGUGAGGCUAAAUUUCAUCUCUUUUAUCGGUUGUAUAGACAUCGUGAAGAAGAGCACAAUUUUUCACAUGAAUAUGUAGUCGACGAGUCUCUAAAAGUGACGUACGAGCAAAUAAAAGAUCGUCCAAGGAAACCGUAUGUGCGAAAACCAAAGCAUGGCCAAUAUUUUCCGUGUCCGAAAUGCGAUCAAAUGCUGCGUGGCCCUCGUAUGCUGAACGAUCAUUUGAAAGAAGCUCACAAUUAUGUCAAAGACCGAUCAAGCGAGAAGGUCAUCUGCAAUUUUUGUGGAAAAUUUGUGGCCAAUCAAAAUCUCGAAUACCAUAUAAGGCACUUGCAUCCCGAGCAAAGAGAUCCGUUCGUUUGCGAUUAUUGUGGAGAAAAACUCAAAAGCAAAACUAUUUUGUUGCGACACAUGCAGGCAGUUCAUAAGCUUGCUUUGAAAGUGAAUGGCAGCGCAUGUGCAUUAAUGUGUCGAUUCUGUACAGAAAUUUUCAAAACAAAACAUCGUAGGAUUUCUCACGAAGUACGUAUCCACACCUUUGACUAUAGGUUCAAUUGUACUCUCUGCGGUAAAAAGUUCUUCAUGAAGAGACACUUAGAUGCCCACAUGAAAGCUCAUGCAAAAGGAAAUCUAAAAAAAUCCAAGUUAAAAUGUCAUAUUUGUGGAGAAAAUUUUUCGAGAAAGCAAAUCUUAGCGGAUCACAUAAGUACACAUUGUACGCAAGAGGUUUCCAGCUUUUCCGAUAAUUUAGCUAAGAAUUUGGUUCACUUGGUAGCGCUUAAAUAUGAGCAAAACGAUGAUUGA